CCCGGCGUUGUCUGGCUUCUACAUGAGGCAGAAAGGUCGAGCCUUCAUUAGUUAAGUGCUGCAAUAGCCUCUGCUUCUUGCUUUUGUUUAGACCGUCGUUAGGGUUCAGAAUUAACAGCAGACGUAGCUGCCGUUGCUCUAAUAAGUGCAAAAAAGGAGUUACCGCCUGCAGCCUCGGACCUCAAGGCAGCUGCACACGUUCGUUUUGCAGCCACUCUAAUGAGAAACGCAAUGGGGAAGACAGCAUGAUAACCUUCUGGCUGCCGCCCAAACUCUGCGUCGGGAAAAGAUGGAACAUGAGGGGCAGGACGGCGGUAUACGAGACUCUCAGAGCCUUGCCAUAGCAGCAUGUGAACUCCAUAAACAGCACCAGCAGGAGUCAGGACAUAGCUGACUUCCUAUGGAUGAAAAUGCUCAUAGAGCAGUUGAACUGCAAGCAAUUGUGUGCACUGCAGAGCUUGCUUCAAGCCCGCACAGUUUGGGCCAGUUGGCAAGGCUCAGGAAACUGUGAGGAAAGGAUGUAUCUUUGCGCGGACCUGCCCGCCUCUGCGUCCGACAUCUUGAGCUGGCCGAGCUGUUUACUUUGCACAACGGAAAUCCCGCCCCAACGUCGCUUCCUCUUCCUGGUUUGCUGGCGCUGCAGGGAAGAUCGGGAGGGCAGGGCGAGACGCCAACCCUCAUCCUCCGGCCAGCCCACCUAGCUCGGGUGGCGUUGGGAAGUCGCUGAGAGGAGGAGUCCAGCUGGCGGAGCGGGAAUGAGGCCUCGCUCCUGUCCUGAGAAAGGGGCAGGUCGCUUUGACACGGGUCUUCGGCAGCCGCCCCUAUGAAUCGGGAGCGGAGGUCGCUGCGGAACUCAAAGCCCACGGGUUUAGACAAUGAAGAUAGCCAGACAAAUAGGCCCUGCUACUUGGAACCUUGGAUCGUGAAUCUUCUUCUGGAGUACAAGGAUUCUGAAGCCAGAGAAGAGGGUCAACUUGGGCAUGUCCUGAGGGUUUUAAAUGAGACAGAGGCUCUAGAUCAUGAUGAGCAGCUCCCAGCAGCUGUUCUGUGCAUCGCAGAUGGGCAUCAUUAUAUCCAAAUGGAAGUUACAGCCAAAGCUGUUCAGAUGACAAAAUGUGCUCUACCCCAGUCUGGAUUUUCCAGUAUUGUUGGCCAAUUCAUUGUCCUGCAGAAUUUUAGGGUUUGUUUUAAAGAAGCAGCUAAAGUGGAGGAUUGUCGAUUUUACCUUGUACUUGAUUGUUUUCGAGUGAUGCCCAUGAAGCGGAGGGAACGGAGGCAGCAAGACUGCAACCGGGAGCCCUCAGUACUGGAGAAGAUAAAGGAACUGUGGCAGAAAAGCCUUGCUCUCCAGCCCUGGUCCAGCUCAGAGACAUCAUCUGUUUCCGAAGUACUACGAGAGAUAAAGCAGGAUCGACUUAGUACUUUAAAAGAAAAUGCCAAGGAUUGUCUUAGUUUAUUGAACCCCAGCAAGCUGUUGGAUUCUGAGCAGUUGGCUGUAUAUCCUGACACCAAAUGGCAGGUGGAACGCAAGCAAGAUAAGGUUCAUCAGAAUGUCUUUGUCAUCCCAGCCAAGCUGUUGACAAUCAGUGCAGAAAAUGAAGCAUUACUUCACAAGUCCUACCUACCAAAGCCCUCUCAAGCUGUUCUUGAGAGUACUCAAGAUGAUGACCAAAGUACUGUAUCUUUUUUCAGUGCUGAAGCUGAAAGCCCAGAUGGUUCCUUAGAAAACCCUUGGGAUGUAUUUCCAGGAAUGACUCUGUCCACCUCCUGUGACACAUCUGGUAUAUCACACAGCCUCCCCUGCGCACAGCAGAUGCUCAUGGCUAAUACUGCCGGGGAAGAAGAGACUCCACGCUCCAACAGCUGCACCCCAGAUUUGCUGGAACCUCGUGUUCAUAUAUCCCACUGUAGCUCUGGCCAGGAUGAGCCAAAAGAGACCGUGUCCCCAUCACUACUUCCCUUUCACAGCAGUACAUCUCCCAAGGAAUCUGCCAGUCAAAAAUCCAGCUCUGUUGCAUUGAACAUUGCAUGUGAUGUCAGCAAAACUGCAAAUACUGAUGAAACCAUUCCCUGUGGCCAAUCACUGAGGAAUUCACAUUCUCACGCUAAUAUGUGUCUUCGCUCUUCUGUACAUUCCCCAAUUCAGAGAAAUAUCUCUCUUGGGUCCUUGUCUGAAAAUACAGAGGAAGAUCAUAUGGCCCAUUUGCAGAGGGAUCAGACAGUGGUGAGAAGAUCUGGGGAGAAAUUCCUGGACAAAAGCAGGACAUGUGUGGCAGCUAAAAGGAAACAAAUGACUCUAGAGGAGGAGGAGCCUACUAAGACUUUCUCUGAUCCCACAUGUACCAGUCUGAAAGCCCUAGGGCAGCAUACUACCAUGGCCUUUCCAGAAUCCAGUAAGCUGGAACUGGUAGCUAUGAACAUGUCCAAAAAGAGCCGGAUCAAGGAGGUGGAAGUUCAGCAGCAUCAGGUAUCAGCCCAGUUUAGAUGCACAGAGGGAGUCCUGAAAAAGGGAAGGGAACCAGGAGCCACAAAAGUAAUCACUAGGCCAGAAAAACAACUUGGAGUUCAACAGCUGGGGUGUGUGAGAGGAGCCCCUUUUCGUAUUACAUACAAGCCACCAACAUCUGAACUCUGCUCCCAAGUGCACUCUACAAGGAUCUCAAGAGCAUUGCUGGGAUGGGCAUGCUGGGUUGUCAACAGCACACAGAAAUAAUAGUCUUUGCUGAAGUUCCUUGUUCUUCUCAGCUGCCGCACCCUGGGCCAACAUCUUCAAGAAGUUAUCCACUACGACUCCAGUUUGGACACCAUAAGAGUGAAGUCGGGAUUGUAAUGCUUUCCACCAGUUUUCUUGGAACAGAUAGUAAGCUGACCGGGCUGUAAUUUCCUUGAUUCUACUUGGAUCCUUUCUUUAAAAUUGGAGUUAACUUUCCAGUGUUUAGGUAUGGAGGCUGAUAUUAGGGACAAAUUAAAUAUUUUGAUAUAAAACAAGCAAGUAAAGAACUUGAGUGGAUGACAUGUGGACCUGUCUCUCCCCCCCCCCUUUUUUAAUUUCUGAGUAAGGGCUGGAAUUUUAUCUCUUCUCACCACUGUUUGCCUCAAACUCCUUCCUGACCAGGUUUACACAUGGAUCUGGCCAUUACCUUUUAAAAUGAAGACAGAUGUACAACAUUCAUUCAGCUUUUCUGGAAUCUCCUUUUUCUCCUUUAGUACACCUUUGAUUCUCUUGCCAUCAAUAGGUCAAACUGCCUUCCUAGCAGGUUUCCUGCUCUAGUGUAUUUCUUAAGCAAUGUGCUCUUCUUUUUCUGUUUUUUGAAUUCCCUGAUUGUGUUCUUUCAUUGUUUUAAUGAGGAUAAAACUUUUCUGAAAGAAGCCUUAUUUCCUCCAAUAGCUCUGUAGGUUAACUAUGUAGGCACAUUGGAGCUGAGCUUGCUAACUGUAAUUAUUAAAUGAAUGAAUGAAUGAGCAUGCAUCAUAUGGAACCUACUCCAUUUAAGUUUCAUAUUCAUAUUUCCUGUUCAGUUUCUUUUAAAAAAAUGUAAUGAGAAGAAUAUUGAUUGCCUAAGUGUCAAUGGGAUAUUAACAAGCUGAAAUGUGUGCAGAUGAUAAAGGAUCUUAAACCAAGCCUUAUGAGGAACAGUUGAGGGAAUUGGGUAUUUUUAGCCAGGUAAAGAGGAGAGGAGAUUGGAAUAUUUACUGUGAAUAAUACCUUCUUGUGUCAACAUCAGUUUUGAAUUGAAUUAUAGCAUCUGUAAUUAUUUUGAUCAUUUCCCCAUUUCAUUUAAUUACAAAAUGUUUUAUAUAGAUUACAUGCUUGAUAAAAUGAAAACAAAUUUAGAAAAAAACAGCUCUCAUAGAAAAUAUGUGCGUGCCUUCUUUCCAAAACUGAGCACAGUAACUCAAAUAUUGUUUGAAAGUUUAAAUAAAACAAAUCUUUACCUUAAAUGUAAAGAAAACCAGCUAUUUGUGCUAGAAUAUAUCUUAAAUAUACAUGCAAUAUUUGCUUGGUAAUUGAUUAUAAAUACUGAAGAACAAUACAUAGAGCUAGAUUUCCCCCCUGCUUUUUAGUGUAUGUCAAAGUCUAUAGAAGUCUUGCAGUUUAAUUCUUAAACCAGAUUGUUCUCAAACUACAGAAACAGGAUUCCAUGGCUGUAGCUGUAUGUAUAUUUCAAUAUUAUUUGGGGGUGGGGGUGGGGGCAUGAGUUCCCUGAAUUAAAGUGACUGAGGCUUGCUGAGAAUCUUAUUAUUACAGAUUUUCUCCACCCAAAGCACUUGGUGUAGUUAAACUCAUAAAUGAUUAUGGAGAAUGACUGAAUCUUUCAGUACAGUGGAACCUCGCAAGACUAAUGCCUUGCGCAACGAAAAACUUGCAAGACGAAAGAGUUUUGCAUUGCGUGAGGGACUCGCAAGACGAUGAGGUUUUCUAUGGCCGCCGCUUUGUCUUGCGAAGCGCGGCUGUAGAAUGUAGCGCGGGAAGGCGGCAAAGGAAGAUCAGC